CCAAAGUUGGCCACUUAAACUCCUCUCAGGCUGCAAACAGGAGCUGUAAUCAAAACUAGCAGAACCUCUCACUAAUAUUUACUCACAGUUGAUUCAGAGCACAUUUCAUGCUUUACUCUGCUCUUUUGUUUUUUGGUGUCCACUGAAAGAAUCUGACUUUUUUUCUUCCUUUUUGGCAUUGUGCACUGCAGUGUAUGCGUGUUUGGAUUUCUUUUGAAAAUAUUGGGACUUGUUACAGUUUCCACGCCGCAAAAAACAACACUGGAGCUUUUUGUGUGAUUGAUUGAUUGAUUCAUAAUUAUAAGUAAGAGUUUAAAUUGUGUGGGAGUAGCUGGAAUGGCUACUUUACCAGGAACAGUUCCUCGAAUGAUGCGGCCAGCACCAGGCCAGAACUACCCACGAACCGGAUUCCCAUUAGAAGUCUCAACACCUCUGGGUCAAGGUCGAGUCAAUCAACUCGGUGGAGUUUUCAUCAACGGAAGGCCUCUGCCUAAUCAUAUUCGACACAAAAUAGUGGAAAUGGCCCAUCACGGUAUCCGACCCUGUGUUAUCUCCAGACAGCUGCGGGUCUCACACGGCUGCGUGUCCAAAAUCCUCUGCAGGUACCAGGAGACCGGGUCUAUCCGCCCGGGUGCUAUUGGUGGAAGCAAACCGAGGCAAGUUGCAACACCCGACGUUGAAAAGAGAAUUGAGGAAUACAAACGUGAGAAUCCAGGGAUGUUCAGCUGGGAAAUCCGGGAUAAGUUGCUGAAGGACGGAGUGUGUGACAGAGGCACGGUUCCUUCAGGUGAGGCCUCUUCCGUUAGCUCCAUUAGUCGGGUUUUGAGAGCUCGCUUUGGCAAGAAAGAUGACGAUGACGAGUGUGAUAAAAAAGAUGAAGACGGAGAAAAGAAAACCAAGCACAGCAUUGACGGGAUUCUCGGGGAUAAAGGUAAUCGCACGGACGAAGGUUCAGACGUGGAGUCAGAGCCAGACCUUCCUCUGAAGAGGAAACAGAGACGCAGUCGUACCACAUUCACAGCGGAGCAGUUGGAGGAGCUGGAGAAGGCCUUCGAGAGGACACACUACCCUGACAUCUACACCAGAGAGGAGCUCGCACAGAGAACCAAACUGACCGAGGCUCGUGUACAGGUCUGGUUUAGCAACAGAAGAGCAAGGUGGCGCAAACAAGCCGGAGCGAAUCAGCUGGCAGCUUUCAACCACUUGUUGCCUGGAGGGUUUCCACCCACCGGAAUGCCAACUUUACCCACCUAUCAGCUUCCAGAGUCAACGUAUCCCAGCACCACUCUCUCACAAGACGGCAGCAGUACGUUGCAUCGGCCGCAGCCUCUUCCUCCCUCCUCCAUGCAUCAGGGCGGACUCUCGGCUGACAGCGGCUCCGCCUACGGCCUCUCCUCCAACCGCCACACCUUCUCCAGCUAUUCAGAAACCUUCAUGAGCCCGACCGCUUCCAGCAACCACAUGAAUCCUGUGAGCAACGGCCUCUCGCCACAGGUGAUGAGUAUUUUGAGUAACCCCAGUGCUGUCCCGUCUCAGCCGCAGCAUGAUUUCUCCAUCUCUCCUCUGCACGGCGGUCUGGAGGCGUCCAACCCCAUCUCCGCCAGCUGCAGCCAGCGCUCGGACCCCAUCAAGAGUGUGGACAGUCUGGCCUCGACUCAGUCCUACUGUCCCCCGACAUACAGCGCCACCAGCUACAGCGUCGACCCCGUCACUGCCGGAUACCAGUACAGCCAGUAUGGCCAAAGUACGUACUGUACAGUCCCCGCAUCACACAGUCUUUACAGAGCUGCGUUUCUUUAGCAAAAAUACACUCAAUGUGCAUUGUGUAUUGUCAUUAUACCUAGAAUGGAAAAGCUGAAUUUGCAGCGUCAUAACUCAAGUCUUCAAAAGGGGGGCUAAUAAUUCUGACUUCAACUGUAUAUAGCACAUUUUUUACAACACAAUGUUGCUCAAUAUGCUGAACACAAUCAUAACUAAAUAAAAUAAAACCUACCUCACUGUGGCGAGGGGGCGUGGCCGAGAGCCGUGGGAAUGGAAUGAGGCCGCCGCGUAAGUGGAUGCACCUGUGCUGCGCACCGGCCUCGGAUCCCACGGAAGGAGCUCUGGACUAUAAGAGGAGGAACGAUGGCAGAGGAAGCCGAGAGAGGACCGGGCCCGGGCAUGUUGUUUUACUUUUGUUUUCAGUUUGACGGCAGUCUCCGUGAGGAGCUGCCGUCUGUUUGUUUUGGUUUAGACGGCAGUCACCGUGAGGAGCUGCCGUUCAUAUUAUGAAUAAAUAUUUUAAAACUAAAAAA